AUGUCUCACGUUUUGUAUUGGCCUGGUCGAAAUCUCUUCCGCCCGCUUGGCAGUGCAUCUGCCAGUCCCCGCAAACUUGACGUAACCUGUUGUGACAUCGAAGCUGCUGUCCUUGCGCGUAACGCGUUGCUCUUUACGCUCUUGGCCGAUCAUGAUGGCACUGAAGACAGACAGAGCUGUAUAUGGAACAUAUUUUAUCAUUUGAUGCUGGAUGAAGGCUCUCUUUCACUGCUCACCGAACAAUGCCGCAAGCUCGUCCCGCUCACGGAAAGUAUGGAUACGUGGAGACAGGGCCCUUACUCCCAUUUCAUCACGAUGUGCAACUCGGAUACUCUGUCCGAGAUCGGCAGGUUCUGGAAGCUUUGGCUUGGAACAUCCAAUUUCAAUGCGGGGCAAGCUAGACUCUUCAAGGAGAGAUUUCAGGACGGUAUCAAAACGGUCCGGGAGCUAUUCGAAGAUUGUAAAGUCAUCGGGUCGAUACGUUCAGCCGGCCCUCUGGCUCCUGUAGCGAUUGGUGCCGCUGCGGAGCAGUUCAAACGUUUUUGGGCGACUGGCGUUACGGAUGACGGAUUGCGAAAUGUGAAGCCAGCAAAUCAUGUCAAUCCUACUUUCGCGUUCUCUGCUACAUCUGGGGAUGAGUUUUCCUUGCACUGCGUUACAGACCCCGUGUCGGGUUUCCACCUCGCAGAAACCUUACCAUCUUGCGGUCUGGGAUUCUGGGACGAAACACCGUCUGUGAUCUUCAAAAUUGUACAGGCUGCCCACCAGCAGUUCAGUAGGUGGUGCAAAGACGUUUUACACCGUAUCCGGAACACAAGUGCCUCCUCAGCGCUUUUCGUGGUGCGAAUGUACGCUGGAGAUGCACUUGCGUUCUGUCAAACACUCCAUUCCGCGAACGCUGCUGAACUUGCUGAUCACUCACCAGUAUUCACCGCUCCGUGGAAGCGAACAGUCGUGCAGCUCGACAAUGCGUCAUAUGGCCCGAGCGCUCCGUCCCCCGCUCCAACUUCUUUCGACGUCAUUGAGACGUCCAAUAUGCUGGAUCAUCUUGGGUUGCAAAACCUACUCAUCGCUACUACUCCCCUGCUCUGUCACUCACCUUCGUCAACGCUUUAUACGGAGGUUUUACUGCCGGUAGCCAAUUCACCUGCGGAAGGUAUCCUGGAACAUGCGUGCAGUGAUCUUUCUACCAUCUCCUUACUGCUGGGUGUCACCCCUUCCACUUAUGUCUCCCGAUUCACUACACGUUCCAACUCCUCGGAAAAAUUGCUGCUGGCCCUAAAAGGCCCCUUUGCAACUCAGUAUCAGGAUCGUCUUGCUUGGAAGCUCAUCGGUUUCGGCCAUAACACUAAUUGCUCACAAAAAACUCUAUUGUUUACCCCGAACCAGCUGACUGAAGCUUUGUUCGACAUAUACUUGAAGAUGUUCUCGGAUGAGGAUCCUAGUAAACAGAUGGAGGCCAUGUCUCUUGGCGAGCCUUGGGCACUGCAGAAGUUGCGGUCCUUAAGCACUAUCCACUAUACGCGCCGCACGUUCGCCUUACUGCUCGCACACACCAAGACAAGAGUUCAGUGCGACUGGGACACGGUCAUAGAUGACCUAGGCGCUCGUGUUUUGCAAAAUCGUACUCUUAUCACCGGAUCCAGCUUUUACCAGGAGAUGGUUAGCCAGUUACAUCUCGCAGGCUUCCGACCCUCUUGGUUGUCACCGACGGCAGUGCAAGAACUUCGCUUCAACGAGGACCCUCCUAUUUUCAGGCAGUGGGGUACGGUUCCGGAAGUUGUAACAAUCAUUCUAGUGGUUCCGCGGCACGCUAUCACCAAGGUGCAGUCUGACCUCUCAGACGCUGGUACCCCCUAUUUGCAGUGCGAAACGUGGGCGGACUUCAGCCACAACGCUUUUGCAUGUAUCUCGGCAUCGUUCGGUAAGCUCGAGGUUUCAGGCCAAGGCGAGAAUAAGGUGGCAGUCGUCGUUGAGGAUGGAGCUGGGAUCAAAGGCACGUCGCCUUUGAUCGUUUCCUUCCCCAUUCUUUCUACCUGUCUCAUGAUUAUGACGGGCGGAACGGUCUGCCUAGCUGUUCGUCCUACCUUCGACACCAUGCCGUUGUCACGGAAGUUAGGAUUGGGAAUGUGCCUCUUCAAGGCUUCAUUAACGGACGAACGAUUCGUCCACGUUCUAGCAAGGGCACCAACGACCAGCAAUGACGCGACGACUGAGGUGCAGCCACUUGCGUCUCCUACAUUAUUAGACGCGACAGAUGAGGGCUAUUCGAUCCAUGUGGAGAUGGACAAGUCCAAUACACGGAUCCAGACGCUUACCGCUCACAUCGACAUCGUUGAUCCUGCAGAACAGGCUGCACUUGAAGGGGGUUACGCGAUUACUGCAGUGCAAUUGUCCCCAGAUAAAGCCAAGUUGCAGGUUGGCGAGUACCAGCGGGUCGUUUCCUUCCCCCUCCCCGUUGACAUAGCGGAUGCUAAGCUCCGCGUAGCACGGAAAUCCAAAUACGUCGAGGUUAUUGCACCGAUGGCACUGACGCUCGGCGUUAAGGAGGAACGUAAUAUAACUGGGAGUUUCAAGACGGCCUUUGAUUCUGGUGUGCCAACGCUCUGGGGUAUGCACCGUGUAAAUUUGGACCGUUGUCCUUCCUUCAAGCUCUCCCAAAGUCAAAAUGCAUUCGAUUGGUUCGGCGCGCACACCCUGCACAUGUUUUCAGAGAGGGAACACACGUCGCGCGUCCAGAGGGCGUUGCUUGGACGCAUACCAGACACCAUUACAAGUUUGAAGGAAACCCUUCGGACCCUCUUCCAUUUGGCCACCGGACUGGGAGGCGAGACUCAUGCCGAGUUUGCACUGUGUAACCCUUCGAAGGGAGACCUGUACGCAAUCAUCCUCGUGACUGGUAUCCGGCUCGACCUUGCCGCCCACACAGUUGUAGCUGAUUCGUGGAUCAUACCAAAGUCAGACAAGCUUCAAGACAAGCUGAGGAGAGAGAUACCAUCCUUAGUUCUCAUCAAGACAAAUGACCACGGAUCGGAAGCGUGGAGACAUUUGCUUCCACUCUUGAUCGAGCGGUGCCGCACUUGGAAGCAUAAGGCAAGUUGCGAAUACCUCGUUCAUAACUCUAUUCCGCUCUAUCCGAAUGCCGGAUCGGAUCCCAACAAAGUACCGUGGUGCUCUUGUGGGAUGGGCGUCGGAGCGGAGGUGCUGCGGGGCCGCUACGGCAGCGUCGCGGCAAAAUAUGCGAACGAGGGCAGCAAUCAGUCCUCUAUUCACCGUGUCCUACUUGGAAGGCAUUGGGAUGAAACCUACGGGUGUCCCGCCGGUUGAACCAGCAUUAGCAAGAUGUGCGGCGUGUGGAAAAGGAGGUGUGCCGUUGUCCUGGUGUAGCAGGUGCAAGGCAAUCAAGUACUGCUCGAAGGACUGUCAGGUGAAGCAUUGGAAGAUACACAAGAGGAGCUGCACGUCGACGUGAGAGCCCUAUUAGCACUGUAAUACUGUACUUUCUGUUGUGUUUUGGUUGUGUUUCCUAGGUUAGCGCGUGAGACCGAGAAUGCACUG